ACGAUUUAGCGCCAUGAUUUUGAUAUCGCGUAAAACCGUAGCGUUGUGCAUCCCGCUACUUAUCUCUGUCACACGUCUACGUCACAUACAGUAACAUAGCAAUGCGUACCAAAUAAUACUGUAGAUACUAACCUUUGCCCAUUGGUUUCGCUGCACAUUCUAAAUUUCCAAAUUAACAAUAUCUUAGUGGAGUUUUAUUUAAUUGUCAAUCGCUGCGUCAUAUGCCUUUGGACAAUAUGACAACGCUAAAAGGAAUAUUUCCGAAGCCAAAACCUCUUGGCGGAAAGAAUUUUAUUCGAGAAAACGUGAAGAACCUUCGCCGUAUGGAACGAGUCCAUCAUACUAGUAAGGAAAUUAAAGACUUACAGGUGUUACAUGCGCAGGGAUGUCGGAGUACAAGCAACAAAUCUCAAGACAUUAAUUCCAAUGUAAAUUGCGCUUCCCGAAAAACGGAAAAGUCAGAGAAUUCAAGACUCUUGUCAAAUCAAUCAAAGGAAACAGAUAAGCAAUGCUCUUCUCUGAAAGCCAGUGUUCCUAUAUUGCCUAUGAAAUGCAAUUCCAGAUCAACCAAAUCUUACAGAGUGAUUCCAAGUAAAGUUUCAGGAGCAAAGUUAGUCGUAGGAGAGAAUAAAUUGUUUGAAAAGAAAGGUUUGCAGAAUACCCACGCAAAAGAAUCAUCCGAUUUUAAACUACUUUCUGAACAAUCUCCUAGUGACGGAGACAAAUAUAACUCUAAAAUCACAUAUAAAAAUCAAGGAAUUCAAACGUUUAAUACUGCUGACAACAUUUCUAAUGAGCAGUGCUUAGAUACUAAUGAAAUACCAAUAAAUAGGUCAAAUAUGGCCUUAGAUGAAGGAGAUACAAUGCUUGUUCCUAUAACAUGGAACAAUGACAAAAACACAACGAAUAAUUUGAAAGUCGACAAGUGUAACAAUAUUGCCAGCAAAAUGGCUGUUCAGUUAAAUAAUGGAAUACUACCCUCGCAUUAUCGAAAAGGAGUCGUUCCGAAAUAUCUACGAGAGAGAAAGGAAGCACGGCAGCAAAAUGAGGAACGAGCUAAAAAUGCAUCUUCUUGUCAUAACUGUCCAGAAGGUCAUCUUCCUCUUCCAGACAGUGAACGCAAGGAGACAUUGUCCAUGUUGAAGAAAAAUUAUCAACAGUUUGUCGAUGAAUUGAAUUCUAUGCCUAUUAAAACAGAUACCUUACGAUCUCAACAGCGGAAGGCGGAAAUUGAGAGGCAGCUCAACAAAUUAGAGGAAGGAAUAAAAGUCUUUUCACGACCUAAAGUCUAUGUCAAAAUCAAUGCAUGACUUUCAAAUUAUGUUGUCAAACAAAUAUUUAAACAAUACAAGUUUCAUGAUUUUUUAAUACUGAA